AACAAUGUUAAUAUGAUAAAUUAUUUCAACUUUUCAAAAUUUUUAUGCGCCGGCAGUCGAUACCUUGAAUUUAAAAGCGUUUGCCAAUGUCGUCAUCGCACGAAUUAGACUAUUGCACUUGCAAGCACAAAGAGAUCAUUCGAAGUGAACUAUAUCUCAAGCAGUUUGAAAUCGUUUUUAGUUUUCUUUAUAAGUUUAGUAGGCUUCGAAAGAAGAAUGAAAAAAAACUACUUUGUGCCUGUCAUAAUUGCGGGCUUGUUAGCGGAAGGCUACAUGCUUGUAUAGGCUGUGCAACUUUUUCUUGCUGGUCUAAAGGGCAUGCUUUAGACCAUUACAAGAAUUCUAAUCACAUUUUUGCUGCGGAUUUCCAUUGCAAACAAAUUUAUUGUUUUCUAUGUGAAGAAUACAUUUAUGAUUCUGUUUUGGAUCGAUUUAAAGAGAUUCAAAGCAAUAAGGCGCGACUAUCUGCACUUCAGUCUUAUGACUAUAAUCCCCGCAGAAUUCUAUUUACCUCUUGGAAGCCUUCUGAAAAAGAAAAUCAGAUUCUGAGGCGCUUUUCUACGAGAAACGGUGGUGAAGGCCUUCGUGGUUUGAACAAUUUAGGAAACACGUGUUUCAUGAGUUGUAUUCUUCAGUCUUUUAUUCACAAUCCUCUAUUAAGAAACUUUUUUUUAUCUGGCAAACAUACAGAAGAGUUAUGCGUUUUGCGUUCGGCUAAAAAGAAAUCAGUCUGUUUGGCUUGCGAGUUAAACUUCUUGUUUAGAGAGUUUUUCAGCGGAAGUAUUCAUCCUUACUCACCUCAUAAAUUCCUCCAUUCUGUCUGGACACAUGCUCACCACCUUUCAGGUUAUGAACAGCAAGACGCUCAUGAAUUUUUUAUUGCCGCUUUAUACGGCAUGCAUUUGAGCUGUCAAGGAAAGCCCAAGAAAUGCCAGUGCAUCAUCCAUCAGAUCUUUACGGGCGCUCUGCGGUCUGACGUGAGCUGCAUGAGAUGCGGCCACGUGUCCACCACGGUCGAUCCAUUUUGGGAUGUCUCAUUGGACCUUCACGGCUACUCGUCAGAAACGCCCGGGAGCACCACCAAUAAAAAGUCUCAUACUUUAUAUGAUUGUCUUCGCCGUUUUACUCAACCCGAAAGUUUGGGAAGUGAUCAGAAAAUUUUUUGCAGUAAUUGUAACAGUAAAGAACAGGAGAAAACCAAGCAAUUGUCUAUUAAACAUUCUCCCAUUGUUUUAUGCUUCCAUUUGAAAAGGUUUGAGCAUUACGCCCAGUCAAGCAAGUUAAGAUCUUGCAUUGAAUUCACUUCUCAUUUAAGUAUUGCUCCUUUUCUUUCUUCCGCUAUUGUUCGAAAACGCGAAUGUAAAAAAGGUAAAAACGUUUCAGAGCUUGAAAAAGAAGAAGAAAUUAGUCUUCUGGAGUCUAUGAAAAGCCAGUAUACUCUUUUCUCUGUUGUUAAUCACCACGGCUCGCUGCAUUCUGGUCACUACGUCAGCUACGUUAAACAUAACAAUCAGUGGUUUCUUUGUGACGAUGGAGCCGUAACAACUGCUACACUUGAGCAAGUUCUUAAUAGCGAAGGAUAUCUUUUAUUUUAUAUAAAAGAUAAUCUUGAAUUUGAACGCUCCAGUAUUUAGUAUUUUAAAAAGGUUUAAUCUGGAAUCCUGAG